UGUGGAGCUCACUCUAGUCUGUGCCUGCGCUGCUGGCUCAAUGAGGCUCUAGCAUCCUGCAGCUCAGCUUCUCCACACUGAGGUGCUGCUGCUUGAACACACCAACAGGGGUGAGUCCUCCUCAGCUAACCCGUACAAACCGACCGCUCAAGUUCUGGAGCCGUCCAUACGUACCUCAGCGGCACUGGGCAUCAACUUCAGCGCCUCAACUGGUGGAGAGGCUUUGAAAAAAGAACCCCAAGGAAUACUGAAAUUCAGGUCGCGACGCUCGGCGCGAGCGGCUGAGGUCUAUCAUCGUCCAACCCCCGCCGCAACGACUGCUGACGUCACACCAGUUUUAUUUCUCUGCCUCGAAAAGAGGAGGAGCCUAUUUUCGAGUUGAUCCGACGGUCGGUUGAGACCGCGACCACCGCGAUCCAGGCUGUGUGGCACAACCUCUACCCUUCUCCCGCCUGCAUGUUAAAAGGAGAAGUUACUGUCACAGCAGAUCCCUAACGGGUUCAGUAGAUUUUAAAGGUGAUAACAAAGAGAAGAGACGGAGCCGUGUGAAAAAAGCGGGAAGAGCAGUGGAUAGCGCUCAUCAGAUUCAACGUCAUUUGGUAAAUCCAUGACCAUCAAUCUGCUUGCCUAAAGGAAGCAAUGGAAGUUGUCGUGGCGGAGGAGAAAAAGAAAAUUUUCCGGGCCAGGAAAACGAUGAAAAUGAGUGAUCGUCUGCAACUGGAAAGCCUUCACAGCACUUUGCUGACAUCAGCUUCAAGUUUGCCCAGCCCAUCUCCACCACCACUUAUGAAUGGCACACACAAAGAAGACGGCGAGAAAGUGGACGAUAAAGAGCAAAACAACAUCUCGCGCGCAAACUCUCCCAACGCAACAUCACCCAACUCUCAAACCCCUGGGAAUUCUCCUGCGCCAUUCCUGUCCCUAAAUUUGUCCCCGUCUCCUGGUUCCUCUCAAAGUCCAAAAGAACAAGAAGUUACUUCUCCCAGGUCUCCAGUCCAAUCUGCAUUCUUUGACGAUAUUAAGGCAGAAAGUGAGGCAAAAGACUUUUCUCCAGGACUAUUAAAUGAGUCUUCAGUGCCAUCGUCAACUCAACCAAAAAAAGACACUACAGAGACGCCAUUGGACGAAAAGAAGCAGGAAAAAAAGAGUACAACAGAGCAUCUAUCAGUGGAUAAUUCCUUAAAAGAUUCAGCCUCGUCCUCGGAUGCUCCACCGUUGGAAUCUGAAUUUACACGACCAGUUGAGGGAGAAAGUGACUCUUCCACAAAAACGGACCCUGGCCCCCACAUUUCCAAAGUAAAAGAUGGAAAGCCUUAUUCUCCCAAAGCUUCUACGAGUCUUUCCAAACCUCAUUCUGAGGGGGAAAAAAAGAAAUCAGUGGAUAUCAAAGAGGAGAGCAUAAAAGAUGAGAAGAAUAAAAAAACCAGCAUCAAGAAAGGGUUAAAAUGUGGCGAAAAAAUGGAGGUGGAUUUAGUAAAAGAGGAGAUCAAAAAGGAAAAAAGUGAAGAGGGACAAAUGACUAAGUCGUCUCGACCAUCAUCAACUCCGCCCUCUAAUACAGCUCAAGAGAAGAGGUCAUCCUCAACACUGAAGCGCACCUUAUCAGAAGGAAGUGAAAUAGACGGACCGACUGUUAAAAGAGAAGGCAAAAGGCCCAAGAUGCAACAUGAAGAACUGGAGGCCCAACUGGAACUGAAAAUCAGUGCCAAAGCUGGCAGUCACCAUAAGCUUGAAAAGAUUGUGCAGCAGCUUGUGGAAGAACGGCUGAAGAUCUUGGAGUUGACUGUUUUCGACAAAAAUUUCCAAGAGCUAAAAGCCAGGGUAGAUAAAAUUGACUGUGCCAGCAAACAUCAAACGGCCCUAAACUCACUCCAAACCAAGAUUUCUCGACUCGCUAAAAAGUUUGGAGAGGCUAACCAAGCAUCUGAAAACAAAAGAAAGCAAGAUGUUAUUGCUGCAGCUGCCGCUGCAGCUGCUGCAGCAGCUUCUGUAGCUACCACUACAACAACUGCUGCCAAGACUACUACUGUUACAACCAUCCCUCCACCUCAGCGGCCGGUCCGUGCUACCGUCGAAGUAAAGCAGACUCCAACCGUUCCUUCGUCUAGCUCUGCUGUUGUUUCGGUCCAAGCACCUUUACCUGCCUCUGUUGCAGCCUCGACCACCUCCGGCACCUCCACUGCCAUGGUUCCACAGGGCUCCAUCCUGCAGCUCAUAACCUCCAGCGCCAACAACGUCUCCACGCUGGCCACAGGCAUCACUACUCAGAGUCAGCCGGGCACGCUGGUGCUGAAGACGGCCCCCGGGAGCAGCAUGGUGGCUGCGGGGCAGCCUCUGGUUAUCCAGCUGCCGCUAUCGGUUAAUGGCCAGACGGGGACGCUGGUCAACUUCCCAGUUUCUUCCUUGUCUGCGGCCACCUCACUAACCAAGGCUAAAACCACUCCCUCCACCACCACCUUCAUUCUCAAGCCCUCUCCUGCGACCAACCCAGUAUCGGUCUCCAGCUCAACGGCCGCCUCUCUCCCAGCAAUUCAGGCCUCUGCGGGUCAGGUGUCCUCCACCCAGAUCUCUGUGGCCCGUGCUGUGUACCAAGGCGGUGCAGGUGGAAUAACUACUCCCAACGCGGGAGUUUCUGUGACCACAGCAAGGACACCGGCUCAGUCCGUCUCUGUGGUUGGAGCUUUGUCUUCUGCAUCUUCACCUGCAACCUCUGUACCGGCGGCGACCGGUUCUACUGCCCCAGGACCCCCACAAGGGACGUCUCUAACUUCAAAAACAGACAACCAAACCACCAUAACCCCGCCAACCAAAGUAGUUGUGCCUGUAGCACGACCCAAAGGCUCCGUCAUCGACCUUACCGAGGAUGACGAUGAUGUUCAAGUGACAGGAGUGAAGAAUGCAACAGUUGCACCUCCUUCUCCUGCGUUGCGUUCCAACCCAGUUACCAGCAUUUCCACCAGCGCUGCAGCCAGGUCGUCCCCAAAAACCAAUCAAAACCCCUCAAAUCCUCAGAUAACGGUGCAUCAUCGCCCCCCACAGGAUGCUGCUUCCAAGCCCCGCCCCACAACCUCUGCAACAACACGGGGUCCGGCCCCAGCGCUCCCUGCUCUCCCCGUCGCCCCCGCGCCUACACGCUUACCCCCCGAGGCCGAACGCACCUCUCCUCCCCAACAACUGCAGCUGAAGCUGGUGCCGGGUCAAACCGGCAUCGUGUUGUCCUGGAGUGUGGCGGAGGUCGACAGAAGCUGCGCCACCGUAGAGAGCUAUCACCUGUACGCCUUUCACCAAGACAACUCCAACUCCAGCUCCGCCCAGCAGCACUGGAAGAAGAUAGGGGAGGUGAACGCGCUGCCCCUCCCUAUGGCCUGUACGCUGACACAGUUCCAGUCUGGCUCCACAUACUAUUUUGCUGUUCGAGCCAAGGACAUUUAUGGACGCUUCGGUACCUUCUGUGAACCUCAGUGCACAAAUGUAAUCACUUCCACUUCUACCUAAAACCGUCAGAAAAAAUAAAAGUUUUUGUUUUUUUUGUUUUUUGCCUUUGAAUGGUUAUGGCAACUUCUUUUUUUCAUUUAAAAGAAAAUCCUUUUCUGUUAAGACUCAAUGCUGAACACAUGCAGUAUCUGUAAAUAAACCCACAUCCUGGACUACUGACUGACUUGGAGGAUCGCUGAAUCAAAUCUUCAUUCUCACUGGUUCUUCUUUGUAUGUGACGUAUUAUUUUGUGACUCAAACGUGUAAAUAUCUGAUUGAUCUAACCCCUCUGCAACGUCAGAUAUUUAUGCUGUUGCCUCCCGCUGUUCCAGCCUUUUUUUCCACCUGUUUUUUUUUUUUUUUUAAAGGAUAGGCUGCAAGAUUCUUCAUGUAAACUCAAAUGCACAAAAAUGUAAACUUGUGUGGUAGAAACAAAAUAACUUUUGUAAGUUCUGUCUGGAAAUGAGACUUUGACAAAAACAAUAAAAAAAAGUUUUAUUAAAUGUUCGGCUAAA